AAACUGUUCCUUUAAGGCAGUUUUAAAGUUUAGUGUUCAGUUGCUUUACUUAAGGAACAGCAAGUAGGUUUAAAAUAAAGCCAUAAUAUAUAUAUGCAACAUGUCUUGUUUUUUGAUUCUCCAGACUCCCAUCACAUAUGAUGCAUUGAUGAAAAUGGAUUGCUUGGAAAUGGCCAUCAACGAAUCAAUGCGUCUCCUUCCCACUGCACCACGCUUAGAGAGGGUCUGUAAGAAAACUGUGGAGCUCAAUGGGGUGACCAUACCAAAGGACACUCUGGUUGGAAUUCCUACAUAUGUAUUGUGUCGUGAUCUGCAGCUCUGGGAGUCUCCUGAUGAGUUCAGACCAGAGAGGUUCAGCCCAGAAUGUAAGUCAGAGAUGAACCAAUACGCUUUCAUGCCUUUUGGACUCGGGCCUCGAAAUUGCAUUGGAAUGAGAUUCGCCCAAAUGAUCAUGAAACUUCUUGUUGUGAAGCUGCUUCAGAACUUCAGUAUGGAAACAUGUAAAGAGACACAGAUCCCUCUAGAGCUGAAUGCUAUUUUUCAGCCGAAGGUUCCCAUCACACUGAAGUUUAUACCAAGUGCCCUGAAAAAGAUUAAGGACGAGCACAACAAGGAAUCAGAUGUAUCAGGGUCCGGUAGAUUUUCAUGCUCCAAAAUCAAAUACCUGGUGAUCAUUUUGAGGACACAAGUGAGCAACCAGCAAAAGGACAUACAGAUCACGAGAUUCUCUCCCAAUCCCUCGUUUUCAUUCUCGGAGGUUAUGAGACGACAAGCACCACUCUCACUUACCUCUAUAAUCUUGCAACUAAUCCAGACUGCCUGGAAAAACUGGUUGAGGAGAUUGACACAAACUUCCCUCCUGAUGUUCAGCCCAGAAUGUAAGUCAGAGAUGAACCAGUACGCUUUCCUGCCUUUUGGACUCGGGCCUCGAAAUUGCAUUGGAAUGAGAUUUGCCCAAAUGAUCAUGAAACUUCUUGUUUUGAAGCUGCUUCAGAACUUCAGUAUGGAAACAUGUAAAGAGACACAGAUCCCUCUAGAAAUGAAUGCCGCUUUUCAGCCAAAGGUUCCCAUCACAGUGAAGUUUAUGCCAAGAUCUCGCAAGAAAAAACAAUAAUGCAAUGCAAAAGUUACAUAAUAUAAUUAUGAAUAACAAGAACAUUUGUAAUCAUUUGUAAUCAUGAAGACUGAAACGUAUUAGAAUAUUUACACAAUUAUAAUUCUCUUUUUAAUAUUUCAUUAUAUUGUCAAUCGUUUUAUGUUCACCUUUUACACUUUAUAGAAGUGUGCCAUUAUGUGAUUUAUGGUGCUCA